UGGCUUUUUGCCGUUUCAGUCAAUUACUUUCAAACCCAUUUGUUUUUCAACGUUAACGAUUAUCUAUUGUUAUUUCCAUAGAUUUUGUGAAUUUAAGCUCGUAUUGACAGCAACUUGCUCUAAUCCAUUCUUUGAGAUGUUUGACUUAUAUGAUACAUAGUCUAAAAUGUUUCACUUCGAUUUACUUCAAUGCAUUUUGUUUGUUUUGUAUUGACAGGAAUCUGGUUUUAUUGUUCCGAAGACACCUUCCCUCAUCAAAUGGGGAUUUCUCUUUCCUGCCCAUUUGCUGAAUACAGUGAUGUGCAAAAUGGCUUAGAAUCUAUAAUCGUCAAGUCCAUCAGUUUUUGGGAUGACGAAGUCAAAACUCCUGUGCGAUCUGUCACUUUCAACAGUGGAGAUUCUGAACCCACAAUAUUCAAAACCUUGAGUUCUGGAAAUAUAGCAAUAGAAGCAUCGGUUAGAGACAAAAGUAUAAAAUUGGAAAAUAUGGCCUCAGUCAAGGCUCCACUGGACAAAGAACGCAUGGAAUCAAACAGCCAACAAAACAAAGUAAUGGAUGAUCAAUCCCCAAAAUCAGAUGGUCAGGUGGGGAUGGUCCAACCAUUACCAAUUUUGGAUCCCACCAACCCUGAGAAUGUGGCUGCAGUGAAGUUGCAGAAAGUGUACAAAAGCUUCCGAACCCGAAGGAAGCUAGCAGAUUGUGCAGUUCUAGUUGAGCAGAGCUGGUGGAAGCUCUUAGAUUUUGCCGAACUCAAGAGAAGUUCUAUAUCAUUCUUCGAUAUUGAAAAACAUGAAUCUGCCAUUUCACGAUGGUCGAGAGCAAGAACCAGAGCUGCCAAGGUUGGAAAAGGUUUAUCAAAGAAUGAUAAAGCUCAAAAACUCGCUUUACAACACUGGCUUGAGGCUAUUGAUCCACGGCAUCGAUACGGACAUAAUUUACACUUUUAUUAUGAUAAAUGGCUUCAUUCUCAGAGUAAAGAACCCUUCUUCUACUGGCUGGAUAUAGGAGAAGGGAAGGAAAUAAAUCUUGUUGAAAAAUGCCCUCGAUCAAAACUUCAACAGCAGUGUAUCAAGUAUUUGGGUCCGAUGGAAAGGUUGGCUUAUGAAGUUAUUGUGGAGGAUGGAAAGUUCUUCUAUAAGCAAUCUGGGAAGGUCCUUGACACGGUCGGAGAAGACAAAGAUGCUAAGUGGAUUUUUGUUCUAAGCACAUCUAUGUGCAUGUAUGUUGGUAAGAAGAAGAAAGGUGCUUUCCAGCAUUCUAGCUUCUUGGCCGGAGGAGCUACAUCUGCUGCUGGGAGAUUAGUUGUUGAAAAUGGAAUCCUAAAGGCAGUUUGGCCUCACAGUGGUCAUUAUCAGCCGACAGAAGAAAAUUUUAAGGACUUUGUCUCCUUCCUCAAAGAUAACAAAGUGGAUCUCACAGAUGUAAAGAUGAGUCCUGUCGAUGAGGAACUUGAAUUAUAUAGCAAGCAAAGAAGCAGUGGUCAUCUUAGAAGUUCAUCUGAAGAAGACUUGACUAACAAGUUGAGUGGCUUCGACUAUGAAGAGACCUGUGCUGAAGAUUUGACUCAAGAGAAAACUGAUUCAACAGAAGAAGAGACGACCACUGCAUUGGAACUGCCCAUAUCAAGCCGGUUAUCUAGCUUUAGAAGAAAAUUUGGUAACCUUGAAAUACCGAAAAGGAAUGCAUUGUAUGAGAGGUUAGACAGUGAAAAGCAAGAUUUUGGACCAUGUCUUAACAGUUUACCAGCAGAAUCUCCUGGGGGUGGUCAUGAAACAGCAGAAGAAACAUUAUCUUCUGGACAAGAUUACAUGGCUUCAAAGCAGAACUUGGGUGAUGAUCAGCCUGAAGAGAUCGAAGUAGAAAUCAUUCCUGAAGAAUCAAUUCUCAAAAGGAUUAAUUCACAUAAAGGAAUGAACUCAUAUCAAUUAGGGAAGCAAUUGUCCUGCAAAUGGACAACGGGAGCUGGACCCCGCAUUGGCUGUGUAAGGGACUAUCCCUCAAAGCUCCAGUUCCAAGCUUUGGAGCUAGUAAACUUAUCUCCAAAAAGUGAUGCCCUUUCUAGGUCAUAUUUGUUUCGACUCGUUAGAGGGCUGAGCUCUAGGGUAUUGACGCCAAGAAGUUCUGGUAGGGAAAAUGCUCCAACCACUCUAAAAACCGAUCACCAUUCGUGAACACAAUCCUCCCCAUUGAUUAGAGGAAAUAAGUAACUGCAAUUGCUACAUGCGAUGAGUAGGAUCAGGAAAUCUGUUUGAUCUAUUCUCUUCUGUGAAUAUAUAAUAGAUGAUAUAGGAAUUCUUUCUCAUUCUUUUCAUUCAAAAUCACGUAUACAUUGCUCCUUCAUCUUGUAUAGAAGCAAAAUAUUGUACAAUUUUGUGGGGUUGAUUGAUGCCCUUUUAAUACAAACGAAGAUAACAUUUUUCCCUAGCAGUGUUUACUUCUGAAGUCAUCAAACACUAUGGUGUUUCUGAGCAUUCUCAGCACUGAA